UCCAUUUCAGUUUCCGUUUUUCCAAAUUGUGUUUCUGUCUUAUCCCUUUUCUCUCGCCUUAGCCCUCGCCCAAAUUUUUCCUUUGUCUUCACCGUACACGUCAAUCGGAAUCGGAAUCGGAAUUGGAAUCGGAAUCUCAAUCGGGGACAUUUCUUCGUCGGUUUCCGAUGCGAAGUUUUGUAAUUGAGAUGUGAGCGUAACCUUGGUUCAAUUUUGGCUUGGUUCUUGGAGAAGUUAAGUUGAUGCUAUUGCUUUGUCCCAGGAUUUUUUUUUGUUCAAUUCCGGUUCAUUUCAGUGGAGGCUUCUUGUUUGAGGUGAGAAUUUGUUCUUGUUUUCAUGCGUUCAAUGGAGUUAUCUAGUGGGUGGUGAGUAUUUAGUUUAGUUGAACUGGGUUGUGGUUUUUGUUUAGGAUAUGCUUUAUUUUGUUGUUUGAGCUUGGAAGCGCGAAGAGAGAAUGAGGAUUUGUGGUGAUGGUUAGAGAAAUGCAUGUGUAUGGGAAAAUGCUGAGUUGUCUACGUUGAGUUCUUAGUGAUUCUUGGUGAUAUAAAUUCCUUAUGGAUUCUUGCCUCGUGAUGUCUUGGAUUAUUGGGUUAGAUUUCGUUUGAUAGAUAACAAGGUUCUUAGGAUUGGAGUUGAUAAUAGUGGAUGUAAAGAAACAGGACUCGUCUGUUUAAGAGAAGUGGAGAUAAUAUGUAAUUGGUCUAUUUGGAUUACGUCUUGUGAACUCUCUCUAGCUGUAGUAGGAAAAUGAUUUGAUGAUUUCUAUGGGAACUCGGAAGCGUUGGAAAAGGGUGCUUGUAGUUUUGAACUUGAUUGAAGGAAAUGUGAAUGUUCUCGGCUUUCAAGGUGGAUGGACUUAUGGAAUAGGUUGAAGGAAAAACCUGAAUGUUACACCCAUUCAGGCCUCUGUGAAGAACAAAUAGGCAAAAUGAAGGGUGUUAGAGACUGGUUGUUUUCUCAAUUAGUAUCCAAGUCUGUGGUUUCAUCAAGACCAUUACUGGGGAGUGACGGUUUCUUUGGUGAGGAAAAUAAAGAGCACAUGGAUGAAAACCAAGAUGAUGAAGUUGCACAAGCAACCAAUAUUGUAGCUCCCACUACCCCUCAUACAUCAGACUCUAAUGGGAAUUUGGAGAAUCAAGAUGAUUUGUCCCUGGCACAGGUUGGAGGAGACUCAUCCCAAUCUCAACAUGACUCUAACGGGGUAAAGAAGGACGUGUUGACAAAGAUUGAGGACCUCCAAGUUCAGUUCUUUCGACUUCUACUGAGAAUUGGGCAGACACAGAACAAUUUGCUAGUGGAAAAAGUUUUGUAUCGAAUACAUCUAGCGACUUUGAUACAGGUAGGGGAAUCUGAUCUUAAAAGAGUUAACCUUGAAAGGAUCAAAGCCAGAGCAAAAGCAGCUGAACAAGAAGCAGCUGGGAUACCAGAAUUAAACUUCACAUUUAGGAUACUUGUACUGGGUAAAACAGGAGUUGGUAAGAGUGCUACCAUAAAUUCCCUCUUUGAUCAAGCAAAAACUCCAACUAAUGCAUUUCAACCUGCAACUGGUCAUAUCCACGAGAUUGUGGGGACAAUUAAUGGGAUAAAAGUAUCCAUCAUUGAUACUCCUGGUCUUUCACAAUCGUCCUCAGGAAAUAUGAAGAGAAAUAAGAAAAUUAUGUUUUCAGUGAAGAGAUAUAUAAGGAAAUCCCCACCAGAUAUUGUUUUGUACUUUGAUCGCCUUGACCUUGUAAAUAAGCAUCAUGGUGAUUAUCUUUUGAUGAAGCUAAUGAAUGAGGUCUUUGGUUCUGCAAUUUGGUUCAACACCAUCCUAGUCUUGACUCAUUGUUCCUCAGCUCUUCCUGAAGGACCUGAUGGGUAUCCUGUCUCCUUCGAAUCAUAUGUGGCCCAUUGCUCAGAUGUUUUGCAGCAAAAUAUAUAUCAGGCGUUGUCUGACUCAAAACUUGACAAUCCCAUCCUUUUGGUUGAGAACCAUCCUCAGUGUAAGAAAAAUAUUAUGGGGGAAAAAGUUCUUCCAAACGGACAGGUCUGGAGAUCACAUUUCUUGUUGUUGUGCAUUUGUACUAAAAUUUUGGGCAGCAUUAAUACACUAUUGAAAUUUCAAAAUUGCAUUGAGCUGGGGCCAUCAGCUAUUUCCCGGCUGCCUUCACUUCCCCACUUACUCUCAUCUUUUUUACGGCACCGAAGUAUGGCAAAUACAUUGGGUGUGGACAAUGACUUUGAAGCUAUUCUACUCAACGACAUUGACGAAGAUGACUAUGACGAUCUACCUUCUUUUCGCAUUUUGACAAAAUCCCAAUUCAAGAAAUUGUCAAACUCUCUGAAGAAGGAAUACCUGGAUGAGCUGGAUUACAGGGAAACUCUAUAUUUAAAGAAACAGUUAAGAGAAGAGUAUCAAAAGAGGAAGGAGAUCAAGCUUUUAAAAGAUAGAGACUUGGUACACAAUGAUAAUAAUGGCGACUUGCAGGCAAUGCCGGAAGCAGAUGCUGUUCUGCUUCCAGAUAUGGCCGUUCCCCCAAGUUUUGACCCAGAUUGUCCUGUUCACAGAUACCGUUGCAUUGCAGUAGAUGAUCAGUGGAUUGUGAGACCUGUUCUUGACCCACAAGGAUGGGAUCACGAUGUAGGCUUUGAUGGGAUAAACCUGGAAACAGCGAUGGAGAUGAACAAAAAUGUUUUUACCUCAGUCGCUGGACAGGUGAGCAAGGAUAAGAAUGUAUUUAACAUUCAAUCUGAGUGUGCUGCUUCUUACAUGGAUUCCAGGAGAACUUCUUAUACUUUAGGUCUUGAUGUUCAAUCUGCCGGUACAGAUAAGAUGUACACAGUUCAUAGCAAUGCAAAGUUGGGGAGCAUUAAACACAACCUUCCUGGGAUUGGAGUUUCUCUGACAUCUUUCAAGAAAAAUUGCUAUUACGGGGCAAAGCUGGAAGAUACCAUAUCUUUAGGCAAGAGAGUGAAGUUUGUAAUCAAUGGCGGUCGUAUAGAAGGAGCAGGGCAAAUGGCAUACGGUGGGAGCAUAGAUGCUACUCUAAGAGGUAGAGACUACCCGGUGAGGAAUGACCAUCUCAGGGUAACAAUGACAGUUCUCUCAUUUGACAAGGAAACGAUCCUUGGCGGGAACGUAGAGUCUGAGUUUCGACUUAGCCGAAGCAUGAGACUGUCAGUUAACACCAACUUAAAUACUCGUAAAAUGGGUCAGAUCUGCAUAAAAGCAAGUAGCUGUGAGCAUUUGCAGAUUGCUCUGGUUUCUGCUUUUACAAUCUUGAGAGCCCUUAUGCGUAGAAAGGAAAUCAAUACAUCGUAGUUUCUAAUGAAUCUAUGGCAUUCUGAACUCAAAGAUGAGACUACUCUGCAAUCUAGAACAAUGAGAUAUUUUUAAAGGCCACACAUGAUUAAUCGUCUUUGUGUUUGUACUCUAUUUGCAUUCCCAGAGAAGCAUACUGCUGAUUGGUAGCAGAGAUAGGCGUUUUUGCCUAACAGUUCUGAGGAAAUUUUAUUGGUGAUGUUGGCCAGAGGUAUGUACGCUUGGGGGAAAUUUUGAGUUAUAAUUGUACAGCGAUAGAUGAGGUUAGCCUUUGUUCUUAAAACUUCCUGAAUAAAUUACAAUUUUUGUAUUUAUUGAACUUCGCUUAUUUUCUUUUUAAUAAUAAUUUGUUUUGCCA